AUGGCUUCGUGUACCCCUACAUCCCCCAUCACUUCCACUAUCUGUGUGGUCUGCAUUUCUGAUACACACAAUGCAACCCCUAUAGUACCUGCAGGAGACGUCUUGAUUCAUGCUGGCGAUUUAACCCAGAGUGGCACAGCAGACGAGGCGCGCUCCGCUGUCAGUUGGAUCGCCUCCUUGCCCCAUCCGGUCAAGAUAGUCGUUGCGGGUAACCAUGAUAAAGCUCUUGACAAAGCCUUCUGCAGUAGAGAGCUACUGGACCAUUGCGAAAUCGACUGGGCAGCAUCAGGGAUAACCUAUCUCGAACAUUCGGGUACUCAAAUAACUAUACGUGGAAGAACUUUGACGGUUUUCGGGUCACCAUUCACUCCGGAAUACGGAAACUGGGCCUUUCAAUAUCCACAGCCAAAAUUACUCCCUGCUCGUGCUCGUAAUGUUUGGGCAUCUAUUUCUCACCACGUCGACAUCCUUGUUACCCAUGGGCCGCCACAUGGCCAUAUGGACAUUGUAGGAUCCCAGCAUGUAGGAUGCGUAGCAUUAUUCGAGAGGUUGCAGGACAUCAGGCCAGUGUUGCAUGUCUUUGGACAUGUGCACGCUGGUAGAGGGGUUCGGACUCUUAGGUGGGAUCCUGUACAAAAGGUGUCUGGUUGGUCGAUAAAGAACCUUCGCUCUGGAAUGCUGUCCGCUAUACCGCUUCUUUCUCGGCGCGAUUCAACACUGGAAUAUCGCGACACCACGUUGCUUGUUAAUGCAUCCAUUCAAGCUGGAAAUAGAGACGCGGGGCUGAACGAUCCUGAGGUGGUGCACAUAUAG